GCAGAAACAUCAGAAUUUGAAAAACAUUCACUGUGUCUAGUUCGAAAAGAUUUUGUAAAACAUUUUCGUAAUGCGUUUCUUACUGUGCUGCGCUUUUAUGGCCCUUUUCGCCGUGGCCUUGGCCGUUCCCGUGGAGGUGGAGAAUAACAACAACGAGGUGCCACAAUCAUUGCACGAUGUAGAUGUCCAGGGUCAUGAGAAUACUGGCGAACGUGAAGCCCGUCAAUUUGGCUAUGGUGGAUUUGGUGGAUUCGGAGGAUAUCGUGGAGGCUACGGCGGUUAUGGUGGAUAUCGUGGUGGAUAUGGAGGUUAUGGUGGAUAUCGUGGUGGAUAUGGCGGUUAUCCUGGCUAUUAUGGUGGUUACCGUGGUGGAUACUAUGGUUAAAACCAAUUUUGUUGCCACGAAAAGAUGUCACGAAUAUUUUAAACGGAUUACUGAUAAAGGAUAAAAAAAUUGUUUAAAUAAAAACAGAAACUUUAAAAAAGGAAA